AUGUUAUCAGAGCAGACAGAACCAUCACACGUGUUGGCUAAAGAGCAGACAGAACCAUCACACCUGUUGGCUAAAGAGCAGACAGAACCAUCACACCUGUUGGCUAAAGAGCAGACAGAACCAUCACACCUGUUGGCUAAAGAGCAGACAGAACCAUCACACCUGUUGGCUAAAGAGCAGACAGAACCAUCACACCUGUUGGCUAAAGAGCAGACAGAACCAUCACACCUGUUGGCUAAAGAGCAGACAGAACCAUCACACGUGUUGGCUAAAGAGCAGACGGAACCAUCACACCUGUUGGCUAAAGAGCAGACAGAACCAUCACACCUGUUGGCUAAAGAGCAGACAGAACCAUCACACCUGUUGGCUAAAGAGCAGACAGAACCAUCACACCUGUUGGCUAAAGAGCAGACAGAACCAUCACACCUGUUGGCUAAAGAGCAGACAGAACCAUCACACCUGUUGGCUAAAGAGCAGACAGAACCAUCACACCUGUUGGCUAAAGAGCAGACAGAACCAUCACACCUGUUGGCUAAAGAGCAGACAGAACCAUCACACCUGUUGGCUAAAGAGCAGACAGAACCAUCACACCUGUUGGCUAAAGAGCAGACAGAACCAUCACACCUGUUGGCUAAAGAGCAGACAGAACCAUCACACCUGUUGGCUAAAGAGCAGACAGAACCAUCACACCUGUUGGCUAAAGAGCAGACAUAA